CCGUACUAAUACAGUAGUAUUUCUGGGCAGGGCUGUAGAUGGAGUCCAUUUGACAGGAGAAAGAAAGAAAGAGAACGGGCGAAAGGGCGAAGAAAGAAAUGGUCGCUCGGAGGUUCGUCGUCCGCCAUAACGAUGAUGAGUACUCCGUCGAAUACGACACCGGCGGUGGCCUCGAGGUUCUCAAAGUCCAGAUCUUCUCGCUGACCUCCGUCCCUCCGGACGAUCAAAAGAUCUUGGCAGAGGAGGAGGGUCUCCUCGUCACCGAAAGCUCCGAUCUUGAAGCCAUCUCGGAGAAACUCCGCUUGGUUUCGAUCCAAGCAGAAGAACAAAAGCCGGAAUCGGUUUGGAAUCAAGAGCAAUCCGAUGAAGAAUUGGCCCGACGCUUGCAGGCAGAAGAGGAUGCGCUGCUCUUCCAGCAGUAUACCUCUAGGGGUAAUGGAGAGGAGUUUAAGAAGAGGGUUCAGCCGUAUGUCCAACAGGUUCUUAUGUAUGAGGACCCGGAUCGCCAAGAGGCUGCCCGCAAGUCAGUUCCUGUUGAUGAGAUUGAGGAGAAGGCAUUAGUUUCUCUUGCCAAGGAGGGAAACUUCAGUCCUUCAAAAUAUGAGAAAGAUCAUGCCUUCUUGUUGCAACUACUAUUCUGGUUCAAGCAAUCAUUCAGGUGGGUUAAUUCACCCCCUUGUGAUAAGUGUGGUGGUGAGACUAGCCCUAUUGGCAUGGGUUCUGCACUUCCUUCUGAGAUUAAAUUUGGUGGCAUUCGUGUUGAGCUUUAUAGGUGCAAGGUUUGUGUGAGCAUUACUCGUUUUCCUCGAUAUAAUGAUCCAUUAAAGCUUCUAGAAACAAGGAGAGGGCGUUGUGGAGAGUGGGCUAAUUGCUUUACGCUCUAUUGUCGAGCUUUUGGUUAUGAAUCUCGUCUGAUAUUGGACUUCACCGAUCAUGUCUGGACAGAGUGUUUUUCACAUUACUUGGGGAGGUGGAUGCAUCUUGACCCAUGCGAAGGAUUAUAUGAUAAUCCACUGUUAUACGAAAAGGGCUGGAAUAAGAAGCUGAAUUACAUAAUUGCUAUUGCAAAGGAUGGAGUUUAUGAUGUCACAAAACGUUACACAAGGAAGUGGCAUGAGGUCCUGUCUAGACGUGACAUUACGACAGAAGCAUCUGCCUCUGCUAUUCUUUCUUCUAUAACAAAAGAAUGUCGUGCUGGAUAUUCAUCUGAAGCACUUUCAGUGCUGGAAUAUCGUGACAAGAAAGAAGCAGAGGAACUUGAGAGUGGGAUCCAUCUUCAAAUUGAUGCUUCAAUGUCAUUGCCGGGGAGGCGAAGUGGGGCUGUUGAAUGGCGAAAAGCAAGAUCUGAAUUGGGUUCUAAUGAAAAUAGUUCAUAUACCCAUUCUUCUUGUCCAGUCCGAGCAUGUGUGGAUGCUCAUGUUAGAAACAUCUACAAUGCUUUUGUUCUUCUUUCAACCCACUUUCUUGAUAAUGAUCUUCCAAAAGCUAAAACUAUUGAAGUCCUAGAGAUUUUUAAAAGAUUGCUACUGGAUCUUAGAAAUAUCUCUUUCAGGCAACGGAGAUCUUUCUUAAAUCAAAAUGCAUUCCAGUUUUCUGAGAAGAUGAUGCACUGCCUUCAAGAAUUGUUUUCUGCCAUAUCCUUAAAGGGGGAGUUGGAGAAUGAUGGAAGGGUUUGCAUUUCCUUAGCUGGUGAUCCAGUUCAUACUUCUAUAGCUUUACCAGUGGCUAUAGAUGCAGUUGAUGAGAUAAUUGAUAAUUAUAAAUCUACUAACUUUUCUGCCAAAGACGUACGAUUUCCAAAAGUGAAUCGAUUAUGUUCUGGCUCAGUUCUUGCAAGUGGUGAAGAACUUCCUAUUGGAAUUGCUACAUCAGCAUUUGAUGGUAUUCGUUUGUCUAAAUGGGAAGAACCCAAUGGAGCGAAAGCCGAGAUGCAAUUGACUAAAGAACCUUUACACCUGGAAAGAAUAGAUAAAAAAGGUUGCUGGCUAAUAUACAAAGUGAUCGAUGACCAGAUGUAUGAUCUUGAGUCGUAUGAUCUAACAUCAGCCAAUGACGCCCCAGAAAGAGAUCCAGUGGACUGGAUAGUUGAAGGAAGUGAUGAUGGAGGCUCUAGUUGGAAUGUCUUAGACAAGCGGAGCUCUCAGAUAUUUGAAAAGCGUUUCCAGCGCAAAACAUUUAGUGUAGGCGCAAGGCGCAUGUGUAAAGCAUUCAGAUUCCAUUUUCUGGCGGUCAGAGAUCCUAAAGCAACUUCAAGGUUUCAGAUAGGUAGCAUCGACCUGUAUGGAAAAUCUAGUUAGUUUGUCUUAAUUCUACACAUGAAGAUUCAUGUGCAUGCAGCUGUGGUUGGCAUGUAAAUUCCUUAGAAUUGGAUGUCAGAAUAAGUCAACCCAUAAUUUGAAGAUGCUAUCCCUCUUUCACUUGUAUGAUUCUGAUUAAUAACAUUUUUAUGAAUGAUUUCUAUAGAGCCUUCACUAACUUGCAGAUAAUACUAUUUGACAAUUGAAAUUCCACGUUCUUUUCAAGUUA